AUGCUCUUCGAAUCGACCACAACGACGACCGGUAGCAGUUUCGUCAGCCUUACCUUGCACAACAGCGGUAGCGUAGCCCGGGACCACCUCGCAUCGGAACGUACAUUCCUGGCAUACGUCCGUACGAGCCUUGCUCUAGCAUCGGCAGGCGUGGCGCUUGUCCAGUUCCUCAGUAUUGCCUCGAUACAUCCCGGACGCAUCCAAAUAUACGCACGUCCAAUAGGCGCGUCAACCAUCGUACUCGCCAUUGUACUUCUCGUCAUUGCGGUUAUUCGAUUUUUUUCGGUGCAAACGUAUUUGACGCGAGGUCUGUUUCCCGUCGCACGGGCAUUUGUCUUCGUCGUGUUUGCCUUACUUAUGGCGUUGAUUGUGGUCGUUUUUGGUGCUCUUGUUUCACAACGAGGGUCUUAA